UGUGGGCCAGUAUUGAUCUUCUGUGUCUAAUGUUAAAUUCAUAAUGAUCCUAACUGCCUGAAGUCAACUACUACUGGCCCAUUUUAGGGUGAACUAAAUAUACAAAAGUACUCAUAGAUGUCACUGUUUAUAACACAGGGCGUUGAUCCUUUGCUGGACAGCCGCUUUAAAUUAAAAAAUGGGGGCAUAAAGUCACCACCACUGCUUAUAAUAGGCUACAGUGUUUCUACAGUGUGGUGCUUUUACACUCCAGUCCAGUGGGUGGCGCUAAUGCAGCCAGAAGUUUUGCUACCGCCAAUAAAUACAAAGGAAGCGACCGCCCUAGAAGAAGAAAUCAUAACCAACUCGAUAGAUGUUCAAAAUUAUGGAAUAUAUAUCUAAAACUUUUACAAAAGUGCAUUUGAUAGGUGUUUUUAUGACUAUCUACUAAGAGUUACGUGUCCAAAUGAGUCUACUGUAUCGUUGUUUCCGUGUUAAGGCUCACUUCGUCCAAGUUUUGGUGACAGCAACAGUUGCGGUGUUGAUUUCUAGCUAGCUACUAGGUUAGCUAGUUAGCACAAGUCUUCUCCAAGGGUUUCGCAGGAUGGUGAUGACAUGUUCGUUCCCGGGUUGUAAAAGCACCACGAAGCUGCUUUCUUUCCCGACUGACCGUGUGCGGGCUCUCCGGUGGCUGCAGAUCCUCGGCAUGGCGGAGGACUCUCGGACCUCCAAGCUCAAAGUCUGCGCCCUCCACUUCUCCCCGGAGUGCUUCACCAACUACACCCAGGCCCAGAUGGGCUUCGCUGUCCGGCUUCACCUCACCGACGAUGCGCUUCCAAAUCCACCGGAGGGUCGGCCGUCCAAAGUCCUUAAAGAUGUGGGUUGCCAGACUGAGGUGAGGACCGUGGAUGCUUUUUGUGGAGCGGAGCCAUGUGUGAACCACGUCAGGUGCCAGACUGUUCAGAUUGGAAAACAUAACGUCUCAACACAAGCCAACAGGAAGCCCUUCAAGAGAAGUAAAGCUGUACAGGCCAGGGCCCCACACAGGAGUGUUGAAUGUGACACUUCUACACUUGAGUUUUCUCUUGAUUUUGUAAACGACACACCAGUCAAGAGGUUUAGAUACGACCCGUGCUCGUAUUCUGAUGACGACCCAAGCAACUAUAACAACGAGACUGAGAGUGCCGUGGCCGCUGACAGCCCAGAGUCAUAUCAGGAGCCUCUGGAGUACGAGCCAGGGGAGUCUUCUGUGAAGUCGGAGUCAGAGGAGGAGUCUGUGGAAACAGAGAUUGUGACAGUAAAGGUUGAGCCAGAAGAGUACGAGGAACCUCUGAGCUAAAGUAUGGCACCAGAAGACCUGUCUGUGCAGCCUGACAGACAUGCAGGAGUUUGCGGAGAGACAUCAGUCAAGUCUCUCAAGACCAGUGUGGGCUGUUCAUGGCUGUGGUGUCAGAUGGACGAUCCUGUGAAAGAUGCCGUCUGCAGUGAUGGCGUGUUCAUAUACCCAAAGAACGGCCUUUUAUCAUCAAGAGCACUCACAGUUGAAAGUCGAAGGGGACACAUACUGUAUGUCAGCUCUCCAGACUGACCAAAAGAAACUCUUCAUGAUGAGAUGAAUAGGUACAAUCUGGCAGAUGUGUCAGACAUAAUAAUGUACAAUCAGGACUACUUCAGUUUCAUGUCAAACAUUUUCAAUGUGAGGUAUUAUAUUAUAUAUAUUAUAUUUAAAUUUUGCUUUCCUUAUUAAAGCAGUGACAUAUUAUAUGACUUUAUAUGUUUACUUAUAGUGAACGUACACUAUUACCUGCCUUUUAUUUAUGUUUUUGUUAUUCUAUGAAUUUGAUUAUCUGUUUGUGUGUAGCAUAAAAGAACUGCAAACUUAAAUUUUGUUACACAUAAAGUGUAUAAUGAUGAGUAAAUUCCUUGAUUAAGCAUUUUUCAAGCCAACCAGUGGAAAAUUGGGCAAAAAUAAAUGUUGUGCCUAAAACUCUUAUGCAUAUCAGCAGUAAAUUGUAAAAAAAAAUAUAUAUAUAUAUAUAUACACUUACGUAUGUGUGUGUCUAUAUAUAUAUAUAUAUAUUUUUAUUUUUUUUUUAGAGAGAAGGCUACAAUGCAAGUAGUCAUUGUGGAAAUGUAAUAUGUAACUGCACAUCCACAUCUUGUUGCUACCAGGCGAGUCUGUGGAAGCAUGUUUGGCAUCGUAUUUAAUCCAAUAAUGGAUUCAUUAAACAGGGAAAACGACAAAAAGGAAUAUUUGUCACCUUGAAGAUAAUUUCACCUAAUAAAUCAUUGGGGUCACAUUUAAAAGGAGACAUUAAGUUAACAUCCACAUUAAAGCUGUUCCUUCUGGUGAUACAUGGUUUAUUUUACAGUAUAAUUCUGUACCUUACUGUUUCAAGAAAAUAGAUUGAACAUGCACAUUGUUGGGUUUUCAUGAUAUCUGUCCUCUUAAUGUUUUCAUUUCUCCUCUUCUGCAUUAUAAAAACUAUUAGAAAUGUAUGGUAUGUUAAUUAGCCUGUUUAAUAGGGAGCUGUCUAUGGUGCUGAAAUAAACUUGUAUUGAAUCCUGA